AUGUGGAAGAAGGUUUGGAAAAAGCAAAUCCCCCAUAAGACACGUGUGUUUGCGUGGAGAGUUUGGCACAAUAGGCUGCCAACACUCAGAAAUUUACUGGCUAGGAAAGUGAUAGAAGAUGCCGUCUGCAAAUUCUACAAUAGAGAGGAAGAAUAUAUAAAUCAUGCAUUAUUAUAUUGCCCUAGGAUUGAACCGGUGUUGGCAGUAAAGCUGAGUUUCUUAAGAAAUAAUUCUGAGCAGUGGGACAUUGUACCUAUAGUAAAUCUAGUAAUAAGCAGGAACAUCUCCAGUGAACUGGAGGAACUAAUCUUAUGCUCGUGGGAAAUGUGGUACAGGAGGAACAAAUUCAUCUUUGAACAAAAGAUUUUUAAUCCACGGAUGGCUAUUGACUAUGCUCUUACAAUUGCUAGUGAAUAUAAAUGUGCAAAUGAGCAAAGACAGCAAGGGACCCAUCGUAGAGAAGGGUGGAAUGCUCCUCCGGAAAGGGUCCUAAAACUUAAUGUUGAUGGAGCUUUAUUUGACGAUCAAUGCAGAUAUGGGACUGGGAUGGUUCUAUGGGAUGCAACAGGAAAGAUGAUCUUCUCCGCCAAUAAACCAGAGAGGGGAAGCAUGGAUCCAAUGGAGGCAAAACUUCUAGCAAUAUUGAGAGGUUUACAGGUUUGCUUACCUUUGUCCAUUCAGAAUCUACAAGUAGAAAGUGAUUCAAUGUUGGUGGUUCAAGAAGUGACAAAAAUACAAGAUGAAUCUUUAUCCAUAUGGGGAAACUUGAUGCAUGAGAUUCGACUGUUACUGAAUAGAUUCUCGAAUAUUGAUGUAAGGCAUGAAAGUCGCCUAUCUAAUUCAGCUGCACAUUGUCUAGCUAGGAAUUCAUGGCAUCUAAAUGACUUGGUAGUGUGGUGGAAUGAUCCUCCGGACUGUGUCUCGCACAUUAUUAAGCAUGAUGCAUUGAUGUAA